AUGCUUUCGACGGAUGGUUCAGCCAACUACUCGAAUGGUUUCUCUGUAAAUUUCUUGUUCGACGACUGGCGAGACGUGUUUCCCAACGCGACUGAGGACACACUGAACUACAGCAACGUUAUUCCGUUCGCCAACAUAACGCUUUCGGACUAUCCUUCCAUGCAAGUACUCGGUUACGAAGUUCAGGCGUUCCUCAUCACACUUUACAGCGUCACGGCCCUUUUGGCAUUGUGUGGAAAUGUGAUGGUGAUCGUCGUUCUGACGUUGGGGAAGAGGUCGUCGCGUGAACUGAGGUUGUUUCUCAUCAACUUGGCCCUGUCGGAUGUCACCAUGGCCCUGUUUUCGAUACCUUUUACGUACACACAUUUUAUGCUGGGCAGGUGGAUAUUUGACCCGUUGUUUUGCCCCGUGGUGUUGUUCAUGCAGCACCUGUCGGUCAUCGUUUCGGUGUACACGCUAACAGCCAUCGGGGUGGACAGGUACUACGCCAUUAUGUACCCGCUGAGUUUCCGAUGGACUCGACGGCACGGAUCUUAUACCAUCCUCUGUAUCUGGGCAGUGGCUGCCCUACUGUCUUCAACACAGAUAAUUCACGGUCGCGCGACACAGUUUACUUGGGCCGGAAACACAUACUACGAAUGCAAAGAGCACUGGAGCGAAGAGUCAGGAAAGGUAUACACAGCUGCCAUCUUUACGGUGACAUUCGUGACUCCCAUGUUGGUCCUUACGUUUACGUACACGUCGAUAGCGUGGAAGAUGUGGCGGCACACGUCGCCUGGCAACGCUGACGCUCAGCGAGACCAGCAACAGUUCUCCGCGAAAAUGAAGGUGGUGAAGAUGCUUGCAACUGUGGUUGUGAUGUUCGCCAUCUGUUGGCUACCCAUUCACCUGCUCAACCUGAUUCUGUACUUUGACCGGGACGCCAUGUCUUUCGACUCAGACGUCCAGGAGUAUGUGUACUACGCUGCUUUCUUCACUUGCCAUUGGUUUUCCAUGGCCAACAGCUUCGUCAACCCAAUCAUCUAUUGCUUCAUGAGUGACAACUUUAGGGUGGAUCUCCGCCAGCUGAUCCUCAGCUGCUGUCCACGGCUUCACUUUCAAAGGGUCGCACACGGCACCCUCAGUAAGGACGUCUCCUACGCCGGUUCUAUUCCCACCAGUACCCUUCAUGUCUCCAUGGGAUCCACCCACCGUGGUCAUAAUGGCAUUGCGCCUUCCAACGCCUCUGUGAUGCCGCUGAAAAUACUUCCUCAGCCGUUGCAUCAAUCUUCCGCCACAAUUGCUGGCGCUUUGGCCUGUAAUCAGCUGGCGUGAAACGUGUUGUACAGUGUCAUUUGUUCGUGUUCACAAAUUAUCUGGAAACAAAAAUAAUGGCUGAAGUGGCUGGAUAAUUAUAUAUAUUUGAACAUCCGAAUCGUGGCGUCACUUAAUUAUGUAACAAGAACUCUUCGCGAGAGAAUCCCGUGUUUUUUCAGCGACUAUUAUAAGGUCGUUGUCAGAAUCACGAAUGAGGUAUUGGGGUAUGUCCUCCCUUCGCCAAAGCCUAAUAUUAGUAGAGAGAUCGAUAGACAACAACAGAAAAAGAGAGAGAAAAGCAACCAACAAAAGAGUUGAAAUAGG